CUCCACCCCUCUUUCAAAGAAUCACAUGCAUUCAUGCAAUCAUAUCAUUCGCAGGAAGAGGAAAAUACGGGGGGAGGAGGUGAUUCCGACUGGCUAGAAGAUUCAGAGGAUGAUUUUGCGGAAGAACAAAAAGUGGCAGGAAAGGGUGAAGGUCAAAUAACACUUUCGAUGGCAGAAAAAGAAACGGAAAAAGUACAAAGAAAGAUGUACGAUGAUGGAUAUCGGGAAGGAAUUGGAUUGGGAAAAGAAGGUGCAAUUCAACUUGGCUUCGAUCAUGGCUUCAAAGCCAAUGGUGCUCCGAUCGGUAGACGGAUGGGUAAAUUGAAAGGUACGCUGCAUGCGUUAGAGAUUCGGUUGAUCCAGUCCCGAGCUUCGAAAGAAUCUACCAGCAAUCCUUCAUCAUCGGAGAAGCUUAAUAGCAUCUUGCAGUCAACGAAAACGCUUCGCCAUUGUCUGAAUUCCUUACAAUUAAAGGACCUCAUGGAACCAGAUUGGGAAGCGAUCGAGCACGAGUGUCAGCAUGGCGGACAAGUAGAUCAUAUCAAACCAGAAACGCCUGAACAAAAGUCAAAAAGAGAAGGCAUCUUAGCCGAAAUAGAAGAGCAAGUGAAUAAGCUCGUACUCGAUUCGUACGGCUUUGUAUAAGGCAUUCGUUAAGUGUACUUAUAAAUGAAUGUAUAUUUUUUUGAUUCGCAUACUCAGAGUGCACACUUACAAUCAAUCAACGCAAAUAAGGAUCAAAGUCUCUC